AUGCCAGACACAGUGAUCAGUUCUCAGCAACAGGAGUCUACACCCCCGAGCUCCUCUGGAACAGUUGUAGAGGUGACAGAGGGCGCAGAGACCAAAGCAGCAGGACAACAUGUCUUCAACGAGCAGACAAACUAUGUCCCCAGGAGUACCAUCAUCACAAUCUUCCUCGCAUGCUCGACGGUUGAUCUCGUCGCCUUGAUGGACCAAACGACCCUCGCGGCCAGUUUGUCCAUCGUCGGCAACGCCCUGAACGCCAGCGACCAGACGUCCUGGAUCUCCGGCGCCUAUUUCGUUACAUCCACCUGCUUCCAACUGCUCUAUGGCCGCCUCUCCGACAUCUGGUCCCGCAAAUACGUCCUCUUCGCCGGUCUCGCCAUCUUCUUCUUCGGCUCGCUGGCCGCCUCGCUCGCCCAAACAGCCACCCAGCUCAUCAUCUUCCGCGCCUUCACCGGCAUCGGCGGCGGCGGCCUCAUGAGUGUCGCCCAGAUGAUCGUCAGCGACGUGGUCCCGCUGCGCGAGAGAGGUAAGUACCAGGGUAUUUUGGGCGCGGUGGUCGCGCUCGCAAACGGCAUCGGACCCGUAAUCGGAGGCGCGCUCGCGUCCGCAUCGAUCGAGAACGAGUCGUGGCGGUGGAUCUUCCGCCUGAACCUCCCGCUCACGGUGCUCACGACGCUGUGCGUGUUCUUCUUCAUGCCCCUGCGCAAGGUAUCCGGGGCGUGGAAGGUGAAGCUUGCGGCGGUGGAUUUCGUCGGCGCGGCGCUGGCGCUCGGCGGGACGGCCGUGCUCCUGCUGGGCCUGAACUGGGGCGGAGGCGAGUAUGCCUGGGCUUCAGCGCAUGUGGUUGCUACGCUUGUGGUGGGCGUGGCAGUUUGCGUGGCGUUCGUGCUCUGGCAGUGGAAGGGGGCGGCGUUCCCGCUCGUCCCGAUGCAUAUCUUCCGCUCGCGGAUCGUCAACGGCGCGUGUCUGACGAUGUUUGUCAAUGGGUGGAAUUUCCUGGUCCAGGUGUACUAUAUCCCGACCUUCUACCAGCUGGUCUUUGGGUAUUCGACCGUCAAGGCCGGCGCGAUGUUGCUGCCCAUCACGCUGAUGCAGAGUAUGUCCUCUAUGUCCUCUCCUCUCCUUGCAGACAGACACCAGCUGAUAGAUGUAGCGGCCAGUAGUACCGCCUCCGGGCUCGUCGUGCACUGGAUAGGCCGGUACAGGGAAUGUAUCCUGUUCGGCUGGAUGAUCUGGGCCGUCGGACUAGGCCUCUUCUCAACGCUGGAUCAGUCCUCCGGCCUGGGGAAGCAGAUCGGCUAUGGGAUAUUGACUGGUGUGGGUGUGGGCAACACCCUGCAGCCAGCCCUCAUCGCAAUCCAAGCCGGCGUCGAACGCCGCGAGAUGGCCGUCGUAACAUCGUUCCGAAACUUCGUCAGAAACUUAGGUGGUACACUCGGCCUAGCUGUCGCCGGAACAAUCAUAAACAACCUCCUCUCCUCCUCGAUCUCCAAUCUCGGGUUCACGGCUUCAGAAACAAGAUCGUUUCUGUCCAGCCCGAAGAAUUUUCUAUCUAGUCUUCCGGCGGACGAAGCGGAGCGCGUGCGUGCCUUGGUCGUACCGGCGUAUAAGCGGGGCUUUAGGAUCAUCUUCGUGAUCGGGGGCGCAUUGGCAGCAUUUGCGUUCUGUUUGGCGUUUGUGCUGAUGCCGCAGGUCGAGUUGAAUAGGGCCGACGAUGCGAAAUUGAAGGAGGAGGCGAAGAAGAGGGUCGACGAGAAGAACGCUUGCUAG